AUGCUAGGGUCUGUUGUAGCACAUGUUGGUGUUACAGAAUUUCAAAAAAGAGGACUGCCCCAUCUUCACCUUCUGCUUUUCUUUGACUCUGCAAGUAAAUUACACAAUCCUAUAGACUACGACUCUAUUGUAUCAGCGGAGAUUCCAGCGGAGAAUGAGUGCCACGAGCUCUAUGAGACUGUUACGCGGAAUAUGCUUCACAGCUGUAACUCACGAUGUAUCGUGGAUGGUCGAUGUCAGAAAGGCUUUCCAAAAGAUUGGGCUGAAGAGACUACUGCAAUUGAGUCACGUUAUCCAGUCUAUCGUCACCGUCAUGAACCAUCGAGAGUUUUUGUUAAACAGAUUGGUGGGCAAAACAUUUACUUUACGAACCAGAAUGUUGUACCGUACAAUCCAUAUCUCUGUGCCAAGUACGACUGUCAUAUUAAUAUGGAAAUCUGCUCUUGAUUCCGGGUUGUGAAAUACCUUUUUAAAUAUGUUUUUAAAGGGUCCGAUCGCGUACUUCUUCAUCUUGACCAAGAUAACUAUGGAGAUAUGGAUGAGAUUUCUGCCUAUACUGAUACAGGGUAUGUAUCAGCACCAGAGGCCACAUAUCGGAUCCUGGGCUGCCCCUUACACGAAUCCCCUCCACCUAUCCUGCGCCUUCAGGUUCACUUACCUGACCAGCAAGUAGUGACUUUCAAUGAUGGAGAGGACCUUUCCGUCCAGGUUGAACACCGCCAACUGUGGAAGACUACAUUGACUGAGUUUUUUGAAGCAUGUGUGUGAAUGGAAUUGGCAAUGCACAGAAUCUACUCUAUAUAGAUAUGCCAACCUACUUCACUUGGGAUGCUUCUGCAAAGGAGUGGAAAGUGCGAAGAAGAGGCUAUGCCAUUGGGCGUAUGCCAAUAGCAAGUCCACAGUCAGGAGAACGGUUUUUCCUCCGCAUUCUUCUCUGCCAUGUUCAUGGCCCUACUUGCUUCACCGACCUCUGUACCAUUGAUGGAAAUGUGUAUUCAACCAUUCGUGCAGCGUGCCAGGCCAGAGGGUUAAUCAACGAUGAUCAGGAGUAUGAUGACUGUCUUCGUGAAGCUACAGGAAUCCAGACAGGCCUACAGCUCAGAGCUCUUUUCCUGCUAAUUCUCUGUGAUUGUACUCCAUCAGACCCACGUGAUUUAUGGGAUAAGUAUGCAGAGCAUCUUGCUGAUGACUGCCAGACACGACUCCAACGCCUUGGACUACACAAUCCUACUGAGUCUCAGGCUAUUGAUCACUGCCUCUGCCUACUACACCAAUUGCUCCGCCUUCAUGAUCAUACCCUCCCCGUCUUUUCUCUUCCAAACCCCCACCAGAACCUGGAUCUUAAUACAGAUCCAGGACAAGAAAUAGGCUUUAGUGAGCAGGAAUUCGAGGCCCGAGUCUCUCAACUAAGUCCAUUGCAGCUCAAUGCCUAUUCUGCAGUCACUGCCUCUGUCACCUCAGAUUCUGCUUCACUUUUUUUCCUAGAUAGGCCCAGUGGUACCGGCAAGACAACUGUUAUUCGACUUAUUCUAGCCUAUAUCCGUUCCCAGGGCUAUACUGCAAUCGCAGUUGCAUCAACUGGGAUUGCUGCACAACUCCUCCCCUACGGCCGAACUGCUCACUUCCAAUUUGGAAUCCCAGUACCCAUUACUGCUGAUGGAAUUUCAUUCCUACGCAAGGGCACACAGGCAGAGAACCUUCUUAAUUCUGCCAAGCUUAUUGUCGGGGAUGAAUCGCCAUGUCAACACCGAUAUUGCUUUCAGUGUGUUGACCGCUUGCUUCAAGAUUUCCGCUCAAGUAAUAAGUUCUUUGGUGGUAUUACUAUCCUGUUUGCUGGCGACUUCCGGCAAACACUUCCAGUAAUUCCUCGCGCUUCGAUGGCGCAGAGUGCUGCUGCCAGUAUUCAACAUACUUCGUUUUGGGAAGGCGUCAACCAUCUUCACCUUACAGAGAAUUUGCGUAUACAGACCAGCAAUCUAGUCCCUACAGCUAUUGAGAAAGCAAGAAACUUUGCGAGCUGGAUUCUUCAAGUGGGCGAUGGCGAUCCAAGACUUGCAGUAGUUGAUACCUUUAUUUCGAUACCUACAAAGUAUUUGGUACAACCGCAAACACUUACUGCACUGCUCUUACACGUUUAUGACCAUUUACCUGGGAUAGCAGAAAAUAGAGCCCAGUUUUUUGCUGCAAGAGCUAUUCUUGCCCCGCAUAAUGAUACAGUUGAUAUGGUUAAUAGCCAUAUGCUUUAG